AUGCUCGCUAUGCAGACAAAUUACCCCCUACCUGACAAUGAGUCAGCGAAUCCGCGGUACUCAUUUAUGCAGCAAGAACGCUGCGCCAUGCACCCGCCCCCACUCCCACAGCCCGUGGAUGCUCCUUUCACCUUCUGCUCAGAGGCACAGGGGAACUUUCCCGUCUCCAAUUCCAUCAAUGAGGUCCUCCAACGUUCGCUCAUGUCCUCCUCCUCAUCCUCCUUCCAAGCUGGGCAUGCAGACAAGCCGGAGUAUGAAAGUGAUACCUCAACUGCGUCCCGUUGUGGUCUGCUGCCCAACGGCGAACCCUUAGAGUUGAUUGCUCUUCGCGAGGUGGCUAAACAGGAGAAGAAGUUGGACCAGGGCGAGCGCGAAACCCAUCGCAAGCCCCUCGAAGACACAAGCGCCAGCUUUGCCUCAAAGCUCUACGGCUACGACCUUCCAUUUCAUAUGGCAGCAGCCCAUUCCCACACCCCCCGAGACUGGCCGCAAAGCAUGACUGAGCUACAAGGUCAGCACCAUAAGGCCGCUGCAGCAGCCGUGGCCGCUGCUGCAGUCGCAUCCACCGCAGGCCCUCUUAGGCACGAAUUAUUUUCAUCCACAAAUCCUGGGAUCGGAACUGGUGGACCACCGAUGGGCAUGCUACCUUAUACCCCUUCUGGACCAAGCAAAGAUUUUGACUAUUUGUUGGCCGCCAACGCCGCGAGGGCACUAGUGAACCAACUAGGAGUCACUCCUGUUGACGACUGUCGGCGGAGUCUCCUAAACGCCUGCGGAGGCAAUGGAGAGACGGAGGAACAUGUUAAGUCUCCCCCAACGCCCUCUUCUUCAGCGGCCGCUGCAGCCUCUAGGCACAACAUUCACUUUCGGGACCAGAAUCAUCUACUUGGUCAACAUUAUAUGCAUCGACAGGUUUCAGCCAGCGGAACCCCCGGUGCAACAGCCGUGGACCAGAGCCCGCGUAAUUCUUUCGGCAGCAUGGGUAACCUACCCUCACUCAUGGGGACUCAUCUGCGCAGUCCCGCCAGCAUGCCUCCCUUUGGUGGCCCCCUGGGAUUCUCCGUAUCGCCGAGCGCCUCGUUUGCUCAUCGACAGCAGCGGAUACUCCAGUCGAGCGCUUUUGGUCUGGACUCCACCUUCUCCGGGGAGGCUGACCGCGCGGCAAAGGACUAUCCUCUACCCGCUGUGGAUAGCCGCUAUUCUUCGGGAAUGCCCCGCAUCCGAUCUACCUCGCCAAUGGAUAGUGAUCGACCGUUGCCAAACGAUGCGGCCCUGAGUGACGCAUCCCCGAACAGUUCGACAAGCGGGAAAUUUGCCAGCCCACACGUGCAGGGUCAGGCGGGCAACGUUGUGCUCUAUCCGUGGAUGAACCCCAAGAGUUGCGGUAAGUAUCCUCAUUUUUUUUAUUCUUACCGUUGCUCCCGGUAAGGCAAACCGGUUUGUAGGCUUGAUUUUCGCCAGCGUCAAAGUUACGCGCACUCUUUGCGGCCAGUUGAUCUACUUGACUGCAAUGAGAUAAACGUUUAUUUGUGGACUUGGAGACCAUAUGCGACGGUGAUUUCAAGGUCGGCUAAGGUGGAUGAAACUUUAACUAUUUCCCUUGUCCGCCAAUGCGCUUAAUUGCCCUGGGUUGCAAAUUAAAUAAUUUUUCUUGUGUAUUUCGAAGUCGUAUACGUCAAAAUGUAACACUCGAGUAAUGAUUCGGAUUUGAAGUCGGAGAACUCGAUUUUAUAGCCUUUAUAAUAUAAUGACAAUCCAAAGCAAAACAAACCUCUGUCAGGUCUACUGGUCUUUACAUACUUGUCUCCGGUACUAGAAAGACCGAGAAUAAAUCCUCAUGCGUAGUCGCAGAAUAUACGGGGCGACGUAGGCAGAUGACGGCCUCUGACUGAUAAGCCGUCAUUGUUAAAAUGUCAGAGGCAUAUACUACUACGCGUCAUAGUCUUUAGCAUUUUUGUUGGUAGAAUUGUGGCACAGUAAAAACAAAACCUUACCUUGCCCCUCUGCCAAAUAGUGUGUCCCCUUCUGCUCCUUCGCUGCCUGGUAGCGAUUAGCUGGAAGUCCUCAGGUGGCUUGAUUAGAGGCAGCCCCCUGAUAUUAUUCUUCAGAACCUACUGCUGAGGUGAAGUAAUUCCGCAGUGUCAUUUCGAAGUGCGAACUCACUUACGUAGACGUCAUGGGAGUCUACUGGUCUCAGCAACGGGACGGAAAGCCUGACAGGCUGAGGUGUUUAAACCUGCAUCCUGUUUCAGGCCUUAAACAAGGAGGUUGUUUUGUAGGAACUGACAAGAUAUAUACAAGUGGGACAGCCUAAUGAUUAUUCCCCCCAAAUUUUUCGAUGUUGUUGACCUAACCGAACUAAAAUGGAUCUAGGUUUUGAAGAGACGAGAUCGCUGCCUGUCCUUCCCGCGAACACAGGGUCUGAAUUCAACCCUAAAUCACCAGGUGGCUAGUAAUCGCCUUUCCGUUCCUGAUAGCCGGAUCUUGUCGAGACUGAAAAGGCUAAUUAAUCUUUUCAUCGGUUGCGCGUUGUUCAACUGCGGACGAUCUCAUUUUCACUGUGAAGACAGGUUCUACAAGUGAGUUCUCUAAAAUGGACUAAAAUACACAAGAUUUCCUUCUGGAAAUGAUCUGCUGGUGGGAGUUGCAAGCACACUCAGACACCCGAAGUGUUUUUUGACGCCAGGAUCGCAAUCAGGUAGGCUAAAAUCACAAAAACAACUAGUGCAGUUGUGUCACAUAAGUCACCUGCAAAACUAUCAACAAAAUGAAUUAUGGGCCCGAGUAACGGCUGGUGGCAUAGCACUCUGUCUUAAACGCACAAACUUGUAACAUAUAUUCGGACUGUUGGGACAUCGCUGUUUGUAAAAACGUCAGUUUUAUACGCCCUUCACUUCAUUGUCAUCAAAUAUGAGGCCUAGAGAUCUACAUCCGGUGGAUCACAGGCCUGCUAGGAUAGGCCUUAGCAGCGGCAUGCUUUUCACCACACACUACACGUGAAUAACUUGCCACUGCAGGAUAUGCCAUCCAACGAUCGCGCGCCGCUUCUCCUCAGCCUGACUCAGCAGUUGAUUCCAUCAAAUUUGUAGUUAGUGGUCACAGCUCCUGUCAUUUAACCACCCAUUAUGCUGUUACGGGAGACAUUUAAUUAAACCAUUACACCUGUCACUGCUACAUCCGUUUGUGUGAACGCAGAUGUGGUGUCAAGUGUGCAACAUUUCACUCAACUCGAGUACAUCGGCAGCAUCUGGCGAAACUGGAAAGAUACCCUUAACUUCAUGAAAAAAUACCUAGAAUUCAAAAACCGACCCAACUACAUUGAAAAAUUGGCCCAAUUAGAACAGGAACAAGGAAAACACCAAGACGUCUUGAAAGUAGAAUGCAUUUGCCAUCGGUAGUAGGGAUGGAUAAAACAACCGUAUGACUUUUUAACUACGAUUAUCGGUUACGCAUCGUCGAAGAUUGAUGGAUAGCCGAUAAGGUACAAUUCGCAUAAUUUGCAUUCUAAGGUAGCGGGUCGGUCGUUUCACCAGACCUUCGGGUUGAUUGGUCAAUGCCGCAUGCGGGGAGCCUCGCACCCCACAGUCAGCGGUGAAUCCACGAGCCACCUCGGCGGUCGAAGAGGGUAAACCAAUUUCCACGGAUGGAUAGUUGCAUCGCAAUUUUAAACAUCCGACAACUUGAACACUCGUUACGCCGCUUCAGGUUAUGAUAUUGGGUUGUCUAAAUGCACACUGUUGUAAAAAAAGGAGAAUAUAAAUAGAAGGCGAAAUUGUGCGUCAGAAGAAAGUGCUUGAUUCACGACCGUGAUAACAAACAAAGCAAGAUACUGUACACAAUAAAUAGCCAACUGCCUGAUGUUGAACGAAGUUUUCAAGAGAACGAGUGAGAGUCAAACUAUUUUGGUUUUCGUUGUUAAAGAUGCCGCUGAAAAGGAUCAAAAUCAUCCUUUUGAUCUCCUAAUUAGGGAGGCAGCAUGCUCGCAAGCCAGCUGCUGACCAAUAAAUUGAAACAUAAUUGGUAAACGCCACCAGAAACACAAUAUGUUUUGUGUAUGAGCUGGAUUUUCCUCCUGUAGAACUACGCUGGUUGUUAUGGUGAUGUUGGUGGUAGUUGAGCCUGAAGGUAUUCAUGAAAUAUCAGUAAACCCUUUGCUCUCUUUGAUGUCGUCACUGGCAGUUAGAAAAAGACAUUUUCCAUUUUAUGGUUAAAUAUGACGGUUCUCGCAAACCAUAAGACACGCUGUGUCUUCUCGGAAGUUAUCUCUUCUGCAAAUAUCAGGUCGAGUCGCACUUCCUGGAGGACCUCGACGCGAAACACAACCGCCUAAAAUAGUCAGUUUCUGCAAGGAGCUCGCUCCUGAUCAGAUAAGAAACCGUUCUUAAAUGCUCUUUCUUCUCUGAACGGGGGUUUGCACUGUGUUUCACUUACAAAUACUUGUGCACUUCGUCUUGCUCCGAAGUAAAGUUGUGGGUUACACUGGAAACGUUUUUCCAUUGUGCACAGCUAUCGGGAUGAAACUGAUUAUUUUGUUCGUCGGACUAAAAGCGGGCCGGUCUGUUUGUUCCGAGACAUGUUUCAUACUUUUUGGUUAAGCGGUGACCUGGUUAGUUGUUUAAAGGCACAAUGGAAUGGCUCCAUAAAUGCGAAAAGGAUUUCUCGAACGGCUCGUGCGGUACUAGAUCGGCUUUAAGCUUUGCACCGCUUGCAGGUACAAAACAGUCACACAAUAUUCUUGGAAGCUAGAUUGUCUAUAAACUAUCGGUGCAGUCAACUAUUGGGCAGUCAACUGAAAAACUAACUUCCAAAUUCGUGAACGCCACUUUCGUUGACUUUUUCCGCUUAAAUGAAACGAUGGGCCUGACGAUCUGCCAGAGGAAAACCCGUAAGGAUGGAAGUGUGAUGCACACUAAUUGUUACCAUGGGAAGUCCCUCGGAUGUAAAGAAAUAUCGGUUUUCACAAAGGGGCAUAUUAUGCAUGAGAAAUUCCUCUUACACAGUGUAUUAGACUAAUAAGUAGGACGUGUAACGUAUAGGACACCAUCCCCGAGCACUUUGAUUUCAGUCAUCGUGUUUUACCGAUGCCGAUACCCGACACUGAGCGUCAUCCUGCAAAUCCUGUACGUCUAUUCCUCAUAAACCUAGUUACACCACUUCGCGCUUAUGCGUAACUGUGCGGUUAAAAUGAAAAAAAAUGUAUUUCCACUGAAAUGCGGGAAAACGUGCUGUUUAUUUUGCAAAUGCGUGAGUUUGAUUCUGUGACCUGCAUGACCGAGGGGUGUUCCAUUGCUUUUCCAUUUAAAAUGAAGCUCAAUUGGAGAGUGGAAGUGAGUCGCGGGGCACUACGGGGGUCGAACAACGUUAACGUGGAUAGUACAAUAAGCAAGAUGGAAGUCGGUAUUUUAAAUGUCAGCUAGACUUUGAUGAACAUAAAGUGACUUUUACGGACUCAGCACCUGUGAACUUUUUGUACUGCGGAUAGACGAUAACAAAUUUAACUACGGUUUCAAUACAAGUAGACAGUGAGUACAGACUCAGUAUGGAAAAAUAUGUUGAUUCCUCACUCCAACAUUUGCUCUCCACCCCAAAAAAUUUUAUUUAACAUAGAAACCUAAUUGGUCAGUGUGUAUUCGAACGGAUAUGUUUGUGUUAAAUUAAUUAUUCUUCUUAAAGACCCCUAUCAUGAUUUAAAAUUUUAUGAAAGUCCUGAACUCUUCUAACCGCAAUAUAUCCAUAUCAUAAAUUUGCAACUUAUUACCUAGAACUAUGUUUUGCAGAAAGGACGGUAAGACAUACAUUAAUGCACAUAUGAACCUCAAUAUCCCCAGGCCUCUAAAGCCUUCUGAUUAGUCAUGAGUUACCCCGCAGGUCUGUUAAAAGGUUGCAGGAUUCCUUGGUUUUAAUGCAACGGGGGGAAAAGUGUAGUAUUCUGACUACUUUGCAAAGCAGGUUAUAUUUCGAAAAGUCGAUAAAACCUGCUUAAAACCUAAAUAUUAGAGCAAUUCAAUUCUUAAUUUCUAGAAGUAGCUUCACAUUACCGGUUGCUGGCAACUAGAACUGCUUGUCAAUCCAUAUUGAAAAAUAGGACGUACAGGACACGAACAUCGGACAACGACGAAUUAUACGCUUCAUUUAAGCAGUGGCUUUGUUCGGAUUUAGUGCUUCGUGCAUGACGGCAGAACAUUGGGUUAAGUCAAAGGGCAACAUAAAUUACACUGGAAUCAGUUUUAGAUCAACACACAUAUAUAUAUACCAACUAAACACCAGUUUUCAUUUACUGACAUAAAUGACUAUUUUUCAUUAAUGAUAUUUAAUGAUCAUUAAGGGGUGUUCAUAACUAGAGGAUGGGUCUCUCUAUGAAUUCGCCACUUUGUCAUAACUGAAUGUAUCCUUUAUCAAUCGGAAUGAACAGGAGGGUGAAAUAACCAAAAGUCAGUAACCCAAAGGACCCUAUUUCAAAUUAACUGGAACAAAUUGUACGUGAACCCUUAUCUUAUUCUGAGAUGUUCUGAAUGCCCUGGCACUUUUACGCUAGCCAUUAGUCGGGUCUGAAUUCGGUACCUGGUGGCCAGUGUAAGAAAAAUAAUCUUUAUUAUAAAUUUAAGUUAAUCUGCGAUUUUUCUAUCCGGAUUAACAUAUUGUCACCUGAGUCAACUUCAAAUUUCCUGCCGAGGGUUCUGACACAUGGACAUUUCAGUUGAGGAUUCUGCUCGUAACUGCAGAACUGAUGUCCACCUAGAAACCCACCUUCCAUGGGUUUUACAGUAUGGCUGUCCCAAUAAUCGACCCGGAAAGUCUUUUUAGUUCAGAUCAAAGUAUAAGACGUAUGCAGGUUUCCUCGCAGUUUCACUGGGAUAGAUCGUGUCCAGAGAGCGGUCUGACGCUCGUUGUGCCAAUACUGGUGAGAAGAUCCAGAGUUUUGCCAGUAUGUCCCGAGUGAUCACUAACUUGCCUUGCAAGGUGCACAUUUCGUCCUUUCAUAAGGUACUGGCCACAAGUCCUGAAUGUCUUUCCGGUCAUUUUGUUGGAGUAGUUCUAUCUGAAAGGCUUGUAGUCCAAAGCAAAACACAAAGUCGUUCCCAGCGGCUCAAAACCUGAUCUCGUCAGUAGCCUCUAAAUGAUGUCUCGGACAAAAACAUGAACAUUCGGACGCAACCAAAUGUUUUGUGUACAAUAUGCAGCUCCAUUUGUGUUCGUCAAGCGGGUUGGACUCGCUUUCCGGAGAUGUAGUCUUAAUCGCUGAUACGUAGAAUACACACCAACUGAUAAUUGCAUUAUGAUUCCUGGAUUCCCAACGAGGGGACAUCAGUAGAGUUGUUGAAAAUAGGCCCACACUUUCAUUAAAUUUCCGUGGCCCCAUAACUUCCUACCUGCUUCCUCAUGCAAUGGCACAAACAACCAACGAAUUGCCACGUCAGACCUCUGACUGGGAGCGUGAAUAUGCGCAUUCGAAUAUGUGAAAAUUAAAAUUUUGCAAUCGCACUAAUAGGCAUUUUUGCCGAUUUGAAUGAUUCGGUGGGGUACGAACCCAGGAGAGCAAGCCUUGAGCACAGACAACGUUCUAGCCACCUCAGCUACGAGGUCCGACCGGGAGCCAUGAGUUUACUCACAUUUGGAUCAACUUACUCGCCGAGCCCACUACAACGUAUGGAAUUCACCAAUACCGAUACAGCAAGCAGACCUUCCAAACAGGAUUUCCUAAGCAAUCAAUCUUGAAUCCACCAGAUCUGAAUAAUUCAUCCGACGUAGUUGUGGAAAAUUCGAUGGCCUCGGUGAGUUUUCCACAAAUGAACCAACCGUAUUAAUCAUACUAAAGCAAACCACUCCAGUUUGUUUUCAGAAGCUUGUGGAUAAGUAUAUACAUGGGGUUUCUAGGGGAGAAAAGCAAAAGAAAUAUCCGAUAAAGCAGACAAGAGAGCAUAAGAGCAUUCAAAUAAGCAAAAAGGAAUUAUAUAGAUUGUUUCACAGAAGGCUUGUAAAUUUUCGCAUAGCCACUACUAAUGACUUUCAACAGGUGGCUAUCUUAGAGGAGAAUGCCUGCAUUUUCUAGGGUGAUAAGUUAGCUUAGGAUAGACGGAGUGUCGCCCUUUGAAAGGUCUGCUUUUUCAGCCUACCGAUAAGGUAUGUUUCCUCAGAAAUUCAUAGCUGUGGGCCUUGUUUAGCUGACCUGAGCUCUUCCUGCUUAUUCCAGGGCCUUCUGAAGUUUCCAGACUAGUUCCAAACUUCUUGCAAAUACUUAGCUUGUUGUUAUUUUGCAGUAGAGCAGUAGUGACCGAUCUCAUAAAACGUCAACCGAAAUUCUUAAAUUCAGUUUCAAGUAGGAAAGGAUUACUUAAGUGAGACUGUAAGAGUGGUUAUCUUGCGGCGUAAUCCCGCGAUAUUUCAGACACGCCAAGGUGUAGGCUCUUGAAUACACUUCUUUUCGGCCACCUGCAAAAGCUUCAUUCGGGUAAAACGACCACUGAAUUAGCAUGAAUUCUCUCUAUCGAUUUUCGAUACACAAGUAAAUUCAAAUGUAGCUGGUUGAAAACCCCAUAGAAAUAUUAUUUCUUGUUCUAAUUUGGUAGAAAAUCGUGUCUUCCUCAUAAUUUAUAUCCAAAGGAAGGUUAUAUUUUGGUUUUUAAAAAGUUGUACAAUCCCAAAUAAUUUCGAUCUUGAUCUCCGUUGCACUUCGAUUUAGGGUUUUAAGUCAACAGACCGUAUAUUUCCUGUGUAGGGAGAAACAUUCACCCCUUUAUGUCAUUAACAAGAUGCAAUAUGAGGCACAUGGUAAUGUUGCAACAGAUUUGAAGUGUUUUGUUUACUUAAUGAGAAGCGUUAUCAAACGGACAGAUACGACGCUGCUAGAAUGGAAAGCUCAGAAUAAUAAACUUUUUUAUAACCGAAAGAUAUUCUUUCUUCGAUCAUGAAAUUUGAAGAAGGCGUGAUUUUCCACCAUAUAAGUACAAGAAAUAAUACUUUUAUGAAUGCUUUUUGCAAAAUAUUUUUGAAGUUUUAUGGGCAUUUUAAAUUGAUACAAAAAGCGCACGCUACUUAAACAGUCAUUUUUGCCGAGUUUUGUUUUUACAAAAACAUUUUUGAAAAAAUAUAUCAGGGAUUUGGGUUUCCUGUUGUUGACGGACUAAGUUAAGACCCACGAACCGUACCUGCAACCUGUUCAAUGCUGAUUCUGUUGCAAACAGAUCGGGGAUUUCGGUAUAUGCCAUAAAACUAUAUGUGUUGAGGGUUAACAGUAAUAGCAAAAAUGGGUAUAUGCGUAUUUAUAUUCUUGGACGGCAGUCAGACACCGUAAAGAGACUACCCGCAGGCAGAAGUUUCGUGUGUACGGACCCCGUACGUACGUCUUAACCUUCCCGCCCCGAAGGCCUUCAGUAUCUGACCUCGGGGUCAGUUUUCUGACCUCGCGAUCAAACAUGACAUAGUCAGCCCUAUCAGUGGCAGCGUGCUGUGCAGGAUGUCAUGGUAUGCGUCAUUCUAAAGUCAAAAAUUUCAAUAACUAGUCCUGGCUCACAUGCUGCCAGUUAUAAAACUGGAAAUAUUUGAAUUUGCUACACAAAGCAGUUGCUUCCGAACUAUCGGACACGCAACAUUCCGUUGUCUUCGGUCCGAAGUAUCACUCUCACUCCGGGAGUGAUGAAAACCGACUCGUUUCUCAGUAGCUCCGUAAGACAAUAAAGCACCUCCGUCUGUUCUAAAACGUCCGACUGGAGUUGGCACAGUAUGGCUGUGAGGCACUGUGAGCUGACUGCAAAAUCCGUGCCAGAAAUCAGAUUUUAGUCUCCCUAACCCCAUGUGUACAGCGCUUGCCCACUUGCGAGAGUCUUAGUCUGGAAUUCAAAGAAAAUAUGCCUGCUCCCUAAUGUUAGCUGCCAAGUGCGGUGUAUCCGAAUUGGCCAAUACAUUCAUGUAUCUAUUACGCCGACCGAUGAUUAAACCGAUCAGGCGGUAUCGUAUCCAUGUUAUUGCGACCUCUUCCUCUCCAUUGGCUUACAAAGUCGCGAAUCCAUCUGUGCUCCGCACAUUUAUACGCAGAUACUCAAGACGUUUGGAGGUGAAGUCUGGAACUGAUGGGAAAGGACUGCAGGUAACGGUUGCAGCAUCAGCCUUCUUUGCAUCACACCACUUCUGCGAGCGAAAGAUGGUCACUAUCCCACGAUCGAGCGCCCAUUCAGUCAGAAUUGGUUAUACAGACGCUGCCCGGAGUCGAAUACUACUUAAAACCAUAUCAGUAACUAUCACCCAUUUUGAGAAAGCAUGCUAGCGCGUGGAAACUUCCUCUAGGCUUCCUCUAGGCAAUAGAACAGCCUAUCACGAAUUUUUCGGAAAAAAGGAACAUUAAAGGAGGAAAACCUGAAUCAAGACAGAAGUGAUGUUAGCAAGACAGGAGAUUCGCCAUCUUUGCUUAGUCUGUCAUUAAAUGAAGCCGGCAGAGGGGACGGAGCAGGAAACACCGACGCGUGGAACAGACCGAAUGUUCCAACAGGCUUUUCGUGUUUGCAUGCAAAGGGCCAAGCCGUGGAUGACCGCGACUAUGCUGAGACCGUACUUCUCGGCCGCUCUCCGUCCGUGGUGGGAGCAGAUUCACGCACGUGUGUAACGGCGCCCGUUGCGUGCCUCCCUGCUCGUCGAAGUCCUCCAGUGUUUAUAGUCAAGCCGUUUACGCGCAUUCACACAUUCAGAUCUAUCCCCAACAUUGAUCUUAGCUGCCCUAUGGAGACUCCAUAUAACUAGUUGAUUAAACACCGGACUUGCUUGUUUUUGAGAGGAAUGCAGAGGAUGGGGAACUGUGAGCUGAAGGGCUGCGAGGACAAACUGGGCUGGAAGAAGAGUACGCUUCGGACGACUCGACGUUUCGCGCGUGAGCAAAAUACACACUCACACGCACGCGCAAACAUAUACUCACAAGAACGCAGUCUGCUGGCUUGAUUAGCUGACGGUCGAACUCUGUUAUCAGUCGGCACGCAACACUGCCUCCUUGUGAGUCAAGGUGGUGGGAGGGCAGAUGGUCGGACGGAGAAUGCACGAAGGCGGAGGGAGUGGAAGACGAUUCUGGAGUUUUACCGGAAGAGGAGAGGCAUCUAGAGAACGCGAAUAGGGGGGGGGAGGAUGGGAGCCCUACGGAGCGUACGCCACCACGCAACCGCAGAAAGGCCAUCUUUAGACUGGUGUCGACUGUCAUAUGCACACGCACACAAAACGUGCCCUCUGUCGGCCGGGGACGAUAGAAGCGUGGAAGUCAGAGUUUGGUGUGGGGAAGGUGGAUGUGGGAGUCCUACAAAACCACCCUCACCUCUCAUCCCGGUUAAAAACCAUUUCUCGAACGUUGAUGUGCACAUACACCAUGCCUUUUCUUCCUCCACCCUCUCAGGGGCAGGCAACUGCCGACAUCGAGCCUGCGGAGACUGCACGAGAGACACCUUCGGGGAAAAGGACUGAGCAGAAAGCAAGGUGGGGUGGGGCCAAUUGGUAAGAGUGGACAAAUUUUGGUACCUAAAGCAUCGCGUGACUAAGGCGGCGCGUGUGUGCGUAUAUACACAGACAUAUAUAUGAUAGAAACGGAAAUUUUGUGCUGACGUUCAGCCUCCUUCGGCCCAGAAGUCACAAUGACCUCAGUUGACAAAUGUCAGUAUUGAUACUGUCGGUGAUCGCGUGCCUCCUGUAAACGUCAAAUUUAACGCCAUUGAUCUUUCCAGUGACGACUGUCAAUCUCAGUAUUAAACUGUGAGACGGCUUUUAGAAGGAAGAAUUUGUUUACAGACCAAGAGCCUUCUAAAUAAAAUUGAGGAAACCUUUCAUUCAUAUAUGAGCAAUGCUGAUCCAAAAUGUGCAUGCUUUGUAUGCCGCAUUUUAAUAUUCACUGAAUCUCCUGAAACACUUGCAGAUAUUCCUUAAAAGGUUUUCACUUUUAUUCGCCGGACGUUUCGGUUUCUCGCUCGAACCCACCACUGGAGACAGUGGCAGAGCUGUUGUACAGGAUACACUGCCAUACUGAUUUAUGCCUUCUGGCAUGAAAACGUCCCAUCCGCCUGGGUCGAUCCUAAGCAAAAGUGUUGAUACUGUCAUGUCGAAUUCUCCAUCCGCUGGCUGGAAGAAGUUUUUCAUUUUUUUCGAAACAUGACUUUCCGGACACUCUAGUAUCCACCUUCAUAUAUCUGAUGCAUGUUUUUUAAUUUAGUGGGGACGCUUAUAUAUGGUCGGUAUUUUUUACGGACGAAAGUCGCAAAAGUAUCAUUUGAGCGCCUUUCUGGAAGAUAAACCAUCGUUAAAGUUCUAAUCAUAAGGAAUGCAUUAUUUCGGCUGGACCAAACUGUUCAUUCAGAGGUGCACAAGCUGUUAAGGAACUGAAAGUACAUAAAAAAUGCUGUUUAUAUAUGGGAAUUAUGUGUGAAUUAUUGAAAGUUCUUUAGUGUAGUACUCAGUGCCUUGAAAGUGAAUUUCGAUGAGACCGAAUUCUCCACAAGGCUAUAGCAAAAAUGAAACCACCUUAGUUUUUAUAAGCAGCGCAAAUAGACUAUCGAUGACAGUUCGACCGUCGUUUCCGACGAUGUCCACCGUGUAAUCCACAGCAAGGUGAGAGCAGGGACGGGGACUUGCGCGUGGUUUAGUUUAUGGUGGAUGCAGACUUUCACAGCAUCCGCCGCACUUUCCCCUCCUCUCCCAUCUGGACCCGGUGUCAAGACAGGGUCAAGAAGACCGGAGGCGGGGGAGGAUGCAUGUGGCUGGCACGGUCGAGUCCGCAUUUUGGCGCUCCACUUCACACCCCUAACCGACACAACAAUUGACCAGGUUUUUGACCACCAACAACAUUGGGGAGGUGGCAGGGGUCCCAGUGUGCUCGAUGUCUAACACCAGGCGGGUCUGCCAUCGCACCCCGAAAUGUUGGCAUUUGUUAUGGUAUGCAAUCCGAUAACGCCCGCCAGAAUUCGAUAUGUCCCCUGGGUUGGUCCACUACAUCUACCAAUUGGCCCGUUUGGGGGGUAAAGACAAGCACAAAAAUAUCACUUAAGUUGUAAUACUGUGCGAAUGAAAUAAGCACAUAGGGCAAGAAUUAUUGUGAGUGCUCCGCUGUUUAUGACUUGACAGGUCUAAUGCCUCAUGUCCGCCGUCCUUGCAUCUGUAGUUAAUUUUGGGGAAUUUAAAGAUUUCCACGAAUAUUUGUUUACUUUUGAACCUUUCCUAUUUGAUUCAUGGAUUUCCAUGAAAAAAUUGUAUAGAAAUCAAAUGGUUGCUACUCUUUAGAUGCCAUCUAAGACCCCCUGCAUGACUAGCUUUGAAAAUGAUCUCAUAGGAAGUCGGAAGUAAUACUCUACUCUAUCCUUCUUUUGAAGAUGCAAAGUACUUCUACUUCUUUUUUAGCUUAUAGGCAUGGUUUUAGACUUUAAAAACGGCGUCCGUUUUGACAGCUUUUCUGGCUAGGCUAAGUUGAAACCACUGCUCUACCCACAUUUACUUUCUGUAGCUACGGAAAAUCAUGACUGCUUGUAACUUUUACCCAACCACAAUGAAUUAAAACGAGACUGGACGUACGCUGAUUGCUUUCGUCGAUGUUGAUGCAGACUGAAAUGAGGAGGAUGAGGGCCUAGUCCUUACAAAGAAUUAAAGGAUAUUUUGAUCUUUGUGGCGAAUUUGGAUCCCCAAUCGAUCUAGUUUGCCAGUGUCCGGUGCGAAAAUUAAUCUGGACUACAUAGAUUUAGAUUCCUUGUGAGAAUUCGAAAGAAAGGUCCAGGAAAUUGGCUUGUCACGUUGUCGAAGACGGUUUCCUUGUACCUAGGGUAGUCUGGAUGUGGAAUCCUUAUUGCUGCGUGAACCCAGAAGGUACGGACCGCCAGACUUGCCGAAAAGAAGAGUGGCAUUGUGGGCGUUCGCAUUGCCCACAGUUUUGUCCGGAGCACUUCAGGAACCGAAUGCGUAGGCAUCAUCCUCGGGAAAGACCCCAUUGGCUGGUACUUCGACCCACCUCCGGCGUAUAAGGUCUGUUCACUUACAAGAGAGGCGUUGUUGCGACCGACCGUAAGGGGGACUAGGAACUCGCAUGAUAUAUGUGGGGAGGAAAUUUACACCAUUUCGGCGACUGCGCCUGACCCGACCAGGUUGAGUGGGGCGCACGGUUGGUUCCGAUGGGUGGAGAAAGAGAAAGAAAGAUCCUUCAGGAUCUCUUAUUCGCGAUCAGAAACCGGAGUACUUUCGAGUUUUCGUAGUACAAUGAAAUCUUACACUUGAAUGAGUUGAACCUGGUGUAAUAACGAAGCCCUCUGGACUGAAGGUCAGGCUUCAGCUGUUCCGACUUGAUGUGUCUUCUAUGCUAAACCGCGCGUAUGCGGCACACCUAGACGGUAGUUUUAGAUGAUGCAAGCUACCGAGCCCACGUCCUUCCGCAUUCAUUCUGGCCUUGCGUCUCUCUCGGAACACUAUGGGUGUAAAAGGAAGGGAUGAGAUCAAUAUGGCGUAAAUCGCUGCCCCUCCCUCAGGGUUGUUGAUGCCGAUCGUUGAGUUUGACGGACGAACCAUGAACCUACAGGGUAUUCGUCAUUUCACAGACGAAGCCAGUCAGAGUCAAAUAAGAACAAGUUUAACAACUAUUCAAAGAAGGCCCGACAAUCAUGAACGCAGGCUAGAAAGAAAAAUUGUCAUUGAAUCCCCCAUCAGUAGAUUCAAGUAUUUUAGUCUGGCACAAUCAGACCGUAAUGCAAACACUUUAACAGUUAAACAGAGCAAAGUUAAUUGCCAACAGCUGGGGCAAUAGCGACUAAAAUCCUUUGAAGAGCAAGACGCCCGACGUUAGUAACAACCCAAACAGCACGGCGGUUUUUGUGCAUUUUAAUCUUCAGAAGAGAUGACAGUAAAAUCUAAUGCCCAGACGCAAUAUAACCAGCAAAACGUAUUCCAAUAAGCCCUCUCAUGUCCUUCGUAAAAAUAUUUUGAAUAAACGCGGCGUGAACAUUCCUACGGUAAAUAAGUACCGCCAUCGUUUUUGGUAAAAUACUUUUACUCUGGAAUCCAGAGGCAGCAUUCCACUUUAUUUACCGCUGUUAUACUGUGCGACCGGUCCGGCAUGCCGACAAAUCGAUUGGUCGGGCUUUUGAAGCUUGUAGCCGCCAGUGCUGGCUUUGUUCAUGCCGCAAUUCUCUCCUAGGAUGCAUCCACUCACCAGUAUGUUUACAUUCAGUAACCAGCGCUCUUCAGCGCCACUAGUUGGUUUUUGUCUGCUUAAAUACCCUAGGAGCGCUAAAAUAUACAGUCGGACCAGGGCAUUACAGUGAAUGGAAUCUUGUUUUUUAGUGAAUAAUGUAAGUCCUUCACCUGGAAAUGCCCAGCUGUUAACACACAUUUUAUCCUUAGAAAUGAAAGAAAACGAGGCAUGGUGGUCUUUUACUCUUUGGCGUCCAUUUACUCCGGAUCGUUCUUCCAACUGAAUCCUAAAUCCCGCGUAUGUAUCGAUUGGUGCGACUAGAAUAUAGGCGUGAGAAUAUACGAAAGUCCCUAGAAAGUAGUGGAUAAAUCGUAGUUAGAAUUUGUUGGCAGGUGACUGAGGUCUGGCAGAAGAUGAAAAUUUAUUCAAAAUUUGCUAUGACUUCGGAUCACGCUAAUUAUACCCUCUUCGUUCGGCUCCCUUUCGCUCCAUGUCAAUGAAUUCAUGGUCGUGGUUGCGUGUGAGUUUGCACAUUCGUUUGUGUGUACCGGGGAGUGCACGCUCGUAAAUUUGGCGAAACUAUCCGAACCGAAAAUGCAUAUGCAAAUUAAAAGUUCAGCUCCCUUGCCUAGUGGGGAUCGAUGUGUGCACUUAAAACACAACUUUGGCACCCUGACCUGCGUCACUUGUACGUGUGCGAAUACGUUACGCACUAAAAGUCAACGAAUUGGGGACUAUGGGUUUUUCGCGAGAGAGGAAUGACUUCUGGAUAAGUGCAAAUCUGACUCUUAGGCAGCACCGAAACGAACCUCCAUCGUGACCUCAGGCCCCGUAAAUGAGGAAGAAUAUCCUCAGAAGGCUGUAGAACAAAAGAAGCCUGUGCUUACACACAGUACGCUACUCGCACAACACGAACUCCGUCUCUUAUUGGUGAACAUCGUGGAGACCCAUAAAAUUUCCUACUUCACGAUACCCUGCAUGCUGGAAGCAAAGUAAUAGAAUUUUUCUAAUGAAAAAAUGUACUAAAGGUUUUGCAAUAUUAAUCUAAAAAAUAUGAUCCGAAUAUGUUGCGACCACCAGCCAUGGUAGUGGAAUUUCGUUGUUGGCAGAAGUGCUGUUGCAUUGGGGUCUUUUGCCUACGCAGUCCUAAGCUCAGGUCGCCAUAGGCCUGUAAGCGUAAGUCAUUUGUAUGCUAACGCAGAAAGUGAUACACAGAAUGUUAAUACAUGCUAUCUUCUGCCUCCCUCACCACCCGUCAGUUUACUUUAGCCCAUCCAGACCGUACAGGUAUCAGUAAUAACAACGGGGAUUUUGUUUCCUGGUCUCAGAACCGCAAACCAAUAGCCAAGGAUGCCUGGUAAUCCUGCACUCUCCUGUGGUUGAAGAAGUGGUGAAAGUGGCAUAGAAUUGACGUCAUUUAUGCGACUUUAUGAUAUACUCCAAGGAUCGCCGUUGCUUUCAGCGUAUUUAUCCACCUCUCGGCUCACGGGCAUUAAUAAUCAACACACAUAUCUGCUGUGAUUAGGCUAUGGGAACGUGUCUUCUGAUUUUGGCCUAUUUAAUCUUCUUACAGACAGCUAAUCAGCAGCUUGGAUGCAUUUGCUCAACUAGUAUCUCGUAGACCCUUCCCUCAUUCUCCCUCUCUUCCUCCUCCUCCGUCUCACCGCCUUCCCCUUCGCACCCACCACGUCUCCCUUGAGGAGCUGAACCAUGAAUAUGUGAAUAGUGAUGGUAACGCAGAAUGGAUAACCCAGGGCACCGUAACACUUCGUCGUCAGCUUAUAGCUGUAAGAAGUAAACUUCAGCGUCCCCAAUGAAAGCGCCAUGUGGGGAGCAUUUUUAUUGUAUUGGAUAAGCUACCAGCACAAAACGGAUUUGUUAUCUUUCUGGAAAGUAAGUCGGUUCUUUUCAUGAAAGUUGCAAUUAUCUCAGUAAACUGUUGUGGGCCGACUCUUCACCUCGUGCUGGUUCUGUGGAAACAAAUUUUAUUUUUCCUGGUUCGCAGAAUUGCUGGUCCCCGUGAUGUUGCCUCCCCAGUCAUAGCAUACUGCAAGCCGUCGGAAAAUUAUUGGAGUGCCUUCAAGAUGGCAGGACAUUUGGCAGGCGAUAUGACCGUCCUUUUCCAUUCACAGUCUGAAAAGGAUCCCGUUAAUACCUGUGGAUCAAUGUCCGAGGGACAAACAACAGAUAACUUCCAGCACUAAAAUAUGACAUUUGCAACAAAAAUAAGGCUCUUAAAGGCCUUAAAACUAGACCCAGACGCCUACUUAAACUCUGCACUGAUUCGCAAAGUUCAGUUAUAUUCUACGCUGUUAUUCUAGAGGGUUACCCGUCGACCAAGUUAGGGGACAUGUUUGUUUCGCUGGGUUUCUCGCAGACGGUCGCAUGGCGACUAGUAAAAUAUGCAGAUAGGCGGCACAGGCAAACACAAGAGAGACAGGGGUGACCACUUCCGGCUUGCUGACCGCCGUCAGUCAGCCAUUCAUAAACCUAGGUUUUCGGGGGAUCUGAGGUUCAUUCAUUAUUUAGUGUUCGCCAAAAAGGUCUCUAUGUCCCAUGUAGGCCCUAAUCAUUCUCUUACGAUUCUUUUUAAAAAUAAAUCCAUGACUAAAGGAAAAGUGUGGCCGACGAAGACAGGCGAUACAGGACUGGCCACGUUUGGAUUACGCGAUUUUACCUGCCUGUCAUCUGGCGGUUGCUUGUCGAUAUUCGUCUGCCUCUGUGCGCUUCUGACCCGGGAGCUUUACGGCGGAACUGAUGUUUCUAUUUCUGUGACGAAGGCGGGCCAUAUCAUGGCACGUUGGUAUUGUGUUGAGAGUCUUGCCGGAUGAUUAAUUGACUAGGUUUCCGACCUUGACUGCUUAACUCAGGGGUACUUAGCUAUCAGUGGUGGGUGACGACAAUUACGUAAGUAAACAAUGGCCAUCGCACCGUCCUCCUCUUGGUCAACAAAACUUCCUGACUGUUGAUUGUCCGUUAGCAGGCGACCGCAUGCCCGGACUGUAGACCGCCAGCUAUAGGGAAAAAUUGUUCAUUUUUGUCGCACAGUCAGAAUAGACUGGUGCACGCCAGUCUCCCCUCAGCUCAACAAAAGACGGAUUAAGUACCUAAAUACCUCCUUUUCAACAAUUCUCUUUCGUGGUCCUUGUGCCUGAUUAUCACCAGCCAGCCGUGGGAAAUUCUGGUUACCUUUUCAUGACACUCAGCUGGCAGUAGGAGACUAGGAGGAUGUCUCCAGUCUCCUAGAUGUCAGCAGGCGGACCAUGAAUAAGGUGAUCCAAAACCGCUCCUAUUAUAUUCUCAUUUGAUUCGCACAAAAAUGCGCAAGUUGAAAAGCAUAGGUUCUGCCGUUUGAAAUUGCCUUCACCAACUGGUCACAACGGUCCCGUAGAGGAAACAAGUUCACCUCCUUUUUUAAAAUAUGUAUUUCAAGCACCCAGAGCGAAGACUUCGUAAAUUAUUGACGUGUAUAUGAAACCGUGGUCCCCUUGUUACAUAGGCAUUUUUAAAAAGUCCGGGAUGUAUUCCUGGUCUUCAAAGUGAAGUAUGGGAUUGCAAGAAUACCCGUAAUGUCGAUUCCCCAGCCAGGCAUUCAUACCCAGCGGAUGUCCUGGAGGCCGGUCCUCCCCAAUUUCCAGGCCUCUUGCAAGUGGGACGAGAAAAGAGCAGGGAAAUCUAUCGGAAUGGUGGGGUAAAAAGUAAUGCAAGGAGAAUGGAACCGCUAGCGCCAUCAGCAUCUUACCCGACCAGGUGCAGUCGAGCCGGCACCUUUGAAUUUCACCGGUCAUAUCCAUCAGCUACUGCGCUGGCAUUAGACUAAGAAUGGCUCUCUGAUGCCCACUUUGUGUUUGCAGACCAUGGUACGAUAGGGGUAGGUGGGGGCAGUUAGUAUGAACUGGGAGGAAGAAGAAGAGGAAGCCGGUUUGCGCGUUCACAGCCACCCUUAUGUCUGUCUCUGUAUGCAUGAGUGCCGCAUACAAAAUCGUUGGGGAAGAAUUCAAACUGUUGUAACUAAUACCGAAGAUGUAACGAAAUGCGAUUAACACUUAUUGAGACAGACGCUGACCAAUCGUAGGAUCCUUUUUUAGACUCAGUUAAGCAGUUAAUUGAUUUUGCACACCAGUCUGAAAACGAGCUGGGAGACCAGCCUCGAAAAUUUACGCAAUGAAGUUCCAGUUUCCCAAAGAAUUUUCUCUUCCCAGAUAGAUAUCUCUAAUAUGAACAUAUCCGAUUGCAUGUAUGCGUUGAGAAUGGUCAGAAAAAGAUCAUGAUUUUAUACCAAUGGACGCUCACUAAGUUUGGUUGAAUAGUAGUGGCGAGCCUGAAAAAUACUUAUAGCUUAACUGUGGGCUGAUUUUGCCCUUAUUCAUAGCAUUGUCUCUUAAUUGUCUCCCAUGAAACGCAUGCUAGUUCGGUAAUUUUCAUCAAAGAAAGAAGUGUCCCUUGAUCGAGCUUACAGGCGGAUAUGCACGAGCCACAAUUAUUUUGCAGUUCAGACUGACGCUUUUCUUAGGUUUGGUAACUACUGUGGCAUGGAGCUUCGGUACGUCACAAUUUCCGGACUCAUCUGUAGUGAAGUCAAGUGAAUGUGACCUCCGUUGUGAUGUACACACUUUUUAAAAUUUUCACGAAUAAAAGAGAAGGGAAGAGGGGGUAGGAGGACAGAAGGGAAGCAGGUGGAGGAUGGAGUGGAAAAACUGCCUACUUACCCAAUUCAUCGUCGCUGACGCGUUAGCGCACAACAGCACUAAGGUCAUUUCUGUCAGGGCGAUUAACCUUCAGAACUCCGGAGUGCCUUUGUGCGGAAAUGCCUGCUAUUCAAUUGCGUUGGUGUGUGUGUGUGUGUGUGCACUUGCGAGAGGCAUUCGCGUGAACGAACGACUGCGAAAGGCUUUGAAAUAGCCGAAAAAUCGAUGCCUAUUAAUGUAUGCUGUCGCCGCAGUGGUGAUGGUGAUUAGCAUGCGUGCUUGUUCGUCACGGCUUGCGCCGCACGUGCGCACCAUAUAUGCAUUGACGCCUCAGCGGAGGCGGGUACCACCUCCAGUGGUGGUGGUGGUGGUGGUGGUGGCGGCGGCGACGACGACGACGACGACGGGCAUGUGAAUCCUCAAAUGUACUGCGCACGCGUAAACCAGCGUGCACACGCAUGUACGCACGCACCGGACAGCCUUUGAUCGCGCCGCGCCUCACACAAAAGUACACGGAACCUCUAUACCGCACAGCGUCUGAAGCUCUGGCCUUCUCGUCCCGCGCCUCUCAGGCACGGUGUCAUCCAGUAGUCGUAUGACAAUAAGCCAGUGAGUCCGUGCAUGCUCACCGCCGCGUCCCUUUGCCGAGAACUCGUCUAUGAAAGCUUAGACAGUCAGUUUAGCAGUCAUAGUCAGUUUUAUUAUUUGCUUUAUCAGUCGGUUGCAAAGUCCCGUCGCUCGAUUGGUGUUCCAGGCCCCAGUGCCCUCGGUUUGGGGGAUGCCCUGGAGACCAAGGAUUACGUGCAUAUAAACAGUGACAUCCAUUUUUCGUUAUGUUUUAACGUCCUAAUUUUUGACUUGAGAUAUACUAUAAAUAAAACGAGAAACCCAAUGAUGAGUUGUGCUGCAGAAAAUAAUCGAACGAUGUGUUUAGACAAAUAACAUGGUAAAGAAAUUUUAAAAGUACAAUAGUAUCUCAGACAAUGACGAAUCGAAGCAGGAACUUGACGGUUGCCCGUCUCGGUAACAAAGGAAAUUAGUAAGGCAGUGAAUGAGUGGGCCACUUGAUCUCACCUCAGUUAAUAUUGUUAUCAUGCGCUAGUAACUGUUGUGGCAGGUCAUUUCGUUGUCGCCGCUCCAACUAGCUUCACUGACCUAAGCCGAGAAAGACCUACUUGAGCCGGGCACGACAACAGAAGGAAAUAAAUGGCUUAAAAUGAAAUCGAAGUAGAGGCAUGUUUUCAUCUAUGCUCUCUUGGCCACUCACGGACCGUCUGCUCCAAGGAGAAAUGAUUAUUGAUAGUACAUUGUUUAAUUAAAAUAUUCUACCUCCACUACAGGAUCAACUUAUACACUGUAAAUUUGCGAUUGCCAAGGUGACAGCCACAGGCAGAGGUUGACGGUCAAUGCAAAUGACCUCGGUGGAUAGAUAUGCCGACAUAAUCUGAGCAAGACGCCAACACCGACUGCUGAAUCACCUUACGUGAUAUGCUAACGAUGGGUUGUCUAGCUUUCAAAAGACUGUUUUACAAAAAAAGAAGUGCUCGUUGUCAACCAGGUAAGCUCGUAAGACAGCAAAUAACGAAAGACGGACUUCGUAUGGUUUCGGUCGGACUAUUGGCUUAAAGUUCGUCUCAAGUCCAUUUUUUUGGACUUUGUUAUUCUCUCAUACGACACACCAGUCGAAGGAGAAAAUAACUCCAAUAAAUUUAGCUUUCUAAACUCAUCGUCUUCAAGAGCAGACACUGAGUGCCAGUAGACACUUGAAGGGGCACGCGUAACGGAGGUAACGGUCAGCCUCAGUCCGACGGCGCAGAGGGACGGAGUGGUCAGAUGUUCAGCUUCAUUUUUAGAAAUGUGGAGUGGUCAGAGUCCCUCGCAGACACAGCACGUAUCUGUAGGGAAGGUUUUGCGCCUUUUGUUAACAGCGGUAGCAAAGUAUAUAGAAAUUUGCUUAAAAAACCCUCGUCAAAAUGAUUAAAAGCCAUUCUUCCUCGUCUUUUGCAUUUACAACCAGAAAUCUUCUGUUGCUCAUGGCGCUUUGCAGGCUGUGUAGAACCGUGAGAUUCUGGUCUCAUAAGAAACGAAGGGAAUCUGAUUGGCAAGUCCCGAAGGGAUUUCGAAAAAACAUCUAGGAGUGCCGUCAUUUUUCUCUGGUUUCUUUGGCUCAUAUGUUGACUGACAUUGGAUAUUUAAACCCCAUCUGUUUUUUCUUCAUUUUUCCUUUUCAGAAAUGGGUAUCGAGAGCAAAAGAACGCGACAAACCUACACACGAUAUCAGACUCUGGAGCUUGAGAAGGAAUUCCACUUUAACAAGUGAGGGCCGCCUCUUCUGUCUCUGACAUUUCACUUGUUUUUGUUGUUAUGCUAAGGAGAACAUAGUCAAUAAUCGGCAAACGUCAUACAUAGAUACAGCUUCUCCAUAGGGACUGGUCUCCUGCGGAAUACUGUAAAUACGCUUGCAGUCUCCGUGGCUUUCGAGCUGAAGGCGACUAGCAACACACCUGCAGGGAAAUAGUUGGCUCUGGGCAAUAAAUGCUUGAAAGAGCUGCUCGCUGGUUAUUUGGGAAACGCACAGGUUGAAUUUCUUCUGACAAUCACUUCAACCAUGUCAUACUGGGCACCCUCUUUACGACAUGACAGACUGUCUGUUUUCGGUUGGUCACCCAAAGAGAGGAAUUUUGAACAUGAACUACCAGAAUGCCCGCGAAAAACUUAUACUACGGGCUGACUUUGAAAAGAAGGAUAGGUAAAAUCAAGUGUCCCAGUCACGCGUCAAUUCAAACGUCUAGAAUCUUUCGGGUCCUGACUUCAGCAAUAUUGAAAUCAAUGCCAGGCUGCUAUGCAGGUAGUGGCUAUGUGCGUGUGCAUCUUGCAUCCUCCAUCAAGUACACAGAGACAGAAGUCAACCAGAGGCUUCACGAGCGCUUGAAUUUGGCGAGGGUAGACAUAGGUAUGCGAGGUGGAGUGGGUACUAGGUUAGUUAUGUCGUUAAAUCUGUAACUGUUGAUCUGGAAGCCCACUAAAUCUGACCGAAGGCAGUUACGUUGGCACAGUAUGCCUCUGUCCAGUUUACGCGCACGCUACCGAUGAGACUCGUUGUUUAAUCUCGACAUAGGCGUUUGUGGGAGAAUAAGUGGCCUUCAUUUAAGCUUUCAAACAGGCCUAGCAAAAUCAAAUGCACUGUAUGGUCAGACCGCCGACCUUUAGGUUAGUGCCAGUCCCAGUCGACAGUGUUCUCAUGCAGUCAUUGAUUCAAGUUGCUACUCCAUCCAACCUCAACGUUGACGAUGAAAGAGCUUGCUGAGCUAAGUAUUAGAAAAGAACGUCGUGUCCGUUUGGGUUAGUGAAUUUUCUACCACCUACAGCUCUCGCACCCACAAAUCCUGGGAAUAAGGCUGUCUGACAGAAAUCCUAGGCAUCCAACUUUCAGAUUUUAGGAGGCUGCACCGUCCCACCAUGAGCGGUGGGUUAAAUCACAUUUGCGUUGUUACCCGCCCAGCCUACUGCAGUGUUUGGAAUCCACCAGAAUUUGCGGAGGACAUCCAAAGCUGAGGUCAAUCGGGAAAAGCGUGUGAGGGCAUCGGAACAUAAAGUGCCUAAACAAUUGAUAUUUUUGGCACCAGUUCCACCAGAAGUGGUAUAUUCCAAAAGCUACAGUAAACUUGGCCCAAAUGUGAUCUAACUCACGACUUCCGGUGGGUUCACUUAGGUCACGUGGCUAGAGCGUUGGCUGUACUGAAGCCAUGCCCUUGCUGUCGUGGUUUCGAGUCCCACCGGGACCGCCGAGUUUUUCAAAAUUGGACCAAACGAAUAAAGGGCUUACUCAUCUGCAGAAACACUAACAAUCGUCCUUCAGCGCUUGUUUUUUUUACACUUUUCAUUAGAAUAAUAAUGCAGCUGUGUACAGCAAACCCGUCAGUGACGUCUACUGAAGCCCGAUGUCAUGCUUCUUCCGUUAGGCAGGCCUUCUGCAUGGCGUCUCAUACACAGAUCCUCCGAGCACACAUUAAAUUUCCAUUCUCCGUGUUGCUGCAAUAAAUAUCGGGUCUCGUCAUGCACAGUGUCCAUAGCGUGUGCCGGCCCUCGCUGAAGAGCCUCAGAGCACAGCAGACCGGCCAACGCCUCCUCAUAAUUAAUGUAUUAAUCAGCGCGAGACAGUGAGAGUCAAGUAAGAGAGAGAGAGAGGGGAGAGAGAGUAGUAAGCAAGCCACCGCCAGCAGAGCGAUAUCGAUCACUGACUGUGGCGUCAUCGGCGUCUGUGUUUAAGGCCCUACACAACAACGCUCUGGUCGCAGCCGACGUCCUCGUUGUCACAGUUUAGUACACCAAGCCGUUCGUGUUUGAACCCUGGCGGCGACAGUGGUGGCGGUAGCGGCGGCAGCCUUUGAUCUCCUUUACCGCCCAGCGGGCAGACGGUCCGGAGACCAAGCUGUCGAAUUUCUCCGACAGUCAACUUUGACAACAUGCGAGUCCCCAAGUGGUUUUUUCCUGCACAAGAGCAGGACGGAUUAACAACCGCAGGUUUUGACAUAGUUCUAUGAUAGUUGAUUCGUCUCUGUUGACGAAAUACGACAAACAGCAGCAACGGGAGUAACCUAAAGCCGCGGUUUUUCGUCGUAUUUUGCACGCCUCUAGAGAAAGUACAAGAUGGAGCAAAAGCAAGCUAGAUAAAGAAACAGAGUCGGAGGAAAAUACGGAGACGGUGGAUGUCUGCCUCUAGUAGUAGUAGUCUGCCUCUAAAUAAGGUCGAACCUGUGUACACGAUCUGCACUUCUUGAGUAUUCUUGAUCGCAACUGUGGAGUGCGGGCGCGCAAUCCAAGUGGUCGGAUGCGAACUGCAAUGACUGGUCGGAUUCGGGAUCAACUUUUAGGCCUUCCUAGUCAUAAGUCGAGUAAAGCUGGAUGUCGACGGCAAAGGGCAGAGAGGUGAACAGGGAAUGUGAAACCAAGAGUACAAACCGGGACACGAGCAGGAAUGCAUAGUUAAGUUCAAUGUAAAGUGUCAAGGUUCCACCCCUGUCCCCUGCAAAUAGUUCACGCGAUUUAUCCUUUCCUUGCGAAACCUAUCAUUAGCCACUUCGAUUUUGGCAACUUCAUAUUCAUGAAGGCCACGAAAACUGCAGAUCAUGUGCUCUAUUCAUUUCUCGUAUUGUGGCUGUCCUUUUUUAUAAAAUCCCAUCACUUCCUGCAGAUACCUCACACGGAGGCGAAGGAUUGAAAUUGCCCAUUCCCUAUCGCUCACUGAACGACAAAUCAAAAUAUGGUUCCAGGUGAGUAUUUCUUUAGUCCUUUAGUGCAAUUAUGACUGUCUUACGACAAAAACAAAGUGAAUUUAGACGCAACAGGAAGAAACCACAGAUUUAUUUGGAGGUCGACGUGGGGUUGGAAAGUUAAAGGUUGAACUGAGUCAGUGCCCCUUCAUAUAGCACAAUUGUCCUGGCAAGGUAAACUGCUAGCUCAAGGACUUUCUCCCAAAAGAGCGCAACAGCCGAGAUUUUCGGAAAAAACUUAGACAGAAGCCGACUGCAACGCCUGGCAUUACUGCACUCCAAGCUUUCCUUAAUGGUGUUAAUGGUUAGGGCACAUACUAUGCGGCCCUCACCUCCAAGUAGCAACAAAGUUUUGAAGCAAGAUGGCGUUUGUUUUGUCGAGCCAAUAAGCAUCUGCAGUCGUCUUUACUUGGUGACUGGGCAACGGUCCGCACACCGUGCCCCAAGCGAAAACUCGCUUAAGAAACACAGUAGUGUCUUCAUUGGAGGCUUGUGCGUUCGAAUGAACUGAUUCGCUUGUCAUGUGACGAAUGUGUAAACUCUGCCGCUGCUGCUGCACAGGAUGAGAGGGAAUUCAUGACCCUUAUGCAGUCGCUUGUCAGCUGGCCACUUCAUGUUUACGUCGGCAGUCAAAUUUCUCAACGAAUUGGGCCCGUUUUGACCAUUCUGCAGAUGUUACUUGCAAUAUGAAAACCGAUAGCGAUUUCAGCCGCAAGCGAGAGUUACCGAUGACUCAGUCCGUUAGUGUUAAUUGUGUCAAAAUUUGAAAAAACCAGAAUAACAAUUAUUGGUAGGACUGACUUAUAUGCCCCUAAAUAGGACAUGCGAAUAGUAACCACCCGCAAUACGGGUGACUUUGAGCCAAUUUCCAGUAAACUUAGGGUUAGGUUUAGGGUUGGGUUAAGGAUUAGGUUUACGGCUAGAUUCAAAGUUUACGACAAGGUACGUCAGGGUCAAGUCUAGGGUUAAGGUACGGACUAGUGCUGACAGCAGAGUUAAGGUUUAGGGUAGGGUCAGGGUCAAGAUUAGGACAACGGCUUAGCUUCAUAUAAGGGGUAUUUUUGGGGUUAGGACACGGGAAUAUCUUCACCUUCCGGAAUUAUAUGCAGGCCCACAUUUCUAACUUGGACGGAGCGCACCUAUUCCCAUGUCCUGUUUAGGGGGUCAUAUAAUUCAAUCCUACCAAAUUACUGCAGGUAAAUGUAGAGGAGGCCAAAACUGACGUUUCCGGCCCACUUUCUAUCGUCGGAAAGACCAGAGGUCUUAACUUGGACUGAAUUAGAUAUUGGGCCUCAGCCCACGUCACAGAGGGCUGGAACCGUAAAUACUGAAAACCACUUGCUAAUGACGUUUACCGGUUUUUCGGAUUUCAGUACAGAAAUUAAAGCCGUAAAAUGUUCAUACUCGGUUUAAUAGUUGGAACAGAUGGGUGAAUACCACUCUCAUGCGACUCCAGAGAAGCCUGUCGGUGGACAAGCAAAUACUGGGAAUUUGUUAUCUGAGUCUAUUUACUGCUCACAAGACAUUUGCGAAGCAGGAUUUUUAACGACUUCUUCAGCUGAGCUGCAGAAGUUUGUCAACCCUGUUCAGUUAUGGACCGAUUCUUUUCUUUUUCCCCACUCACGCGGUUUUCGGAGGAUCAGCUUUCCUGCUUGAGUACAUAGAGUUCGCAGUGGGUUCGUCCGUCGAUUUUGAUGAUGUCCACCGCAUGCUCCACAGCGGAGUGACAACAGGGACGGUGAAUUGUGUGUGAAUUACUUUGUAGUAAUGGUAUACUUACACACCAGCUACCACACUCUCCUCCUCCAACUGGACCCGGUGUCAUGACCAAGUGAAGAAGACCAAAGGUACAGGUAUUUGGUGUGGUGGAAACCUGCACCUAGACGUGCCACCACAUCCCCUGGUCCACGACAAACACUAGACUGGAAUUCUUAACAGCGCUAACAGAAAGGAGGAGGAGGCGGCUAGGAUCCCAUUGGGUACAGCACGAGUCUGCAACUGGGCCUGCCACCGCGCCCCGAAUGCUGGCAUUUGUUAUGGGUGCACAUUCCCGAUAACGUACGGCGGACUCCGAUGAAGCCCUCAUGCUGGUCCAGUACACCUACCGCGUAGUCCAUUUAAGGGGCACUCGCAGUAGGUAAUAUGGUCAACACAUGCAGAAACCUCAAGGAGCGACUGUCUGGCUGGUUUACCAUCAGUGGAUUUCCUGUGCAGACAGACGGUGGUUCCGCGUCCUAGUUACUGAAAGCGAAAAAACACCAUCCUGUAUUGAAUCUUAAUUAGGUCGAAAACCUGCUGAUACGACGUAUUCCAGAUCCAAAUAAAACAGUAUGGUGGCGUAUUACCAUCGAAUGAUGUACAAGCAAUGAACCUGACGUCAUUUAGAACAUAGGUUUGCGAAUCCAGAACUUCACACUUUUCCGCCUACUUUUUUGCAGAAUCGACGAAUGAAAUGGAAAAAGGAGCAUCAUAUAGCCAAGCUUAACGGUCCUGGUACCCUUGAACAGCUGGAAAUGAUGGAACAAGCAGCAAAUGCUUCGGGUGGCUCCGGUGAAAAUGGCACUCGACCACCAACGCAGCUCUUCCAGACCUCACCACCGCACAAAAUGCAAUCGUCCCAAGUGCAUCGCAGUAGUGGUACCUUCGACUCGGACCGUCGCUCCGUGGGGACUCCCAGUGACUCCGGUGUCUCCUCGCAUCCCAUUCCCGAGGUGGAGAAGACCGGAGUGGGAAUUCUGUAUCAGCGCCCUGAACUGUUAAAUAACUGUUGCCCACGUGUAGCCUCGUCCACUGGUGCCGUAGGCGAAGAAAGCAAAGAGUACCAGGCGGAAGAAGAGGGAACAGUUGUGGAGGAGGCAGUCAGUGGACCAAACAGCGACAUCUACGACUCGAGAGAGGCCAAGAAGUUUAAACGGCCCUCCAUCUCCCCGAUCUCGCCUUCGACCGCCGGUGCGGUGGCUGAGGAGAGACAGACAGCAUCGGCAGUAGCAACAGCACCGCCACCGCCGCCACCACCGACCGGGAUCUGUUACAACUCCAAGAUCUGCCACUAUAUGCCGAAGGACUGUCCCCCACAAUUUCAGGACGCCUUCAACCAGGCAGCGAUCAUGGCCUCGCAGCAGGCCAUCCAGGGGGAAAUAAACCACUCAGACAAGUCUGGAUGA